GUCGCUAGAGGGCGCUGUGGGCGACGGCGGUUAUUGACAUACUGCUGGUGGCAAGAUGGCGGAACCCGAGGAGCCCCGAGCGGGUUCUUGUGCUUUUCUGUUCAAAAAAUCCACAAAGAAAUUCUGCGGGAGAAAGAGGAAAGCGAGCGACAGCGACAAGGAUGGCGACAGUGAUGAGGACCAGAGCUCUGUGGUCCGAAGAGAAAGGAAAGAUAAGAAAGUCAACCCCAUGGUUCAAAAGUCAAAGAAGGUCGAGAAGGACGCCGUGUCGUCCAGUGACAGCGAAGAGGAAAAAGAAGAUAAGAAGAUCACCGUUGCCUACAAGUCCACGCGAUCGGCCAAACCCCAGGGACCCGAGGACAUGGGCGCAACUGCAACGUAUCAGCUGGACACGGAGAAGGACAACGAUGCUCAGGCCAUUUUUGAGAGGAGUCAGAAAAUCCAAGAGGAGCUGACUGGUAAAGAGGAUGAUAAAAUCUACCGCGGCAUCAACAAUUAUCAAAAAUUCAUAAAGCCCAAGGACACCACCAUGGGCAACGCCUCCUCCGGCAUGGUCAGAAAAGGACCAAUCCGAGCCCCCGACCACCUGAGAGCCACGGUCAGGUGGGACUACCAGCCGGACAUCUGCAAGGACUAUAAGGAGACUGGUUUCUGCGGUUUUGGAGACAGCUGUAAGUUCCUCCACGACAGAUCGGACUACAAACAUGGCUGGCAGAUCGAGAGGGAGCUGGAGGAGGGCAGAUAUGGAGCCAACGACGAGGAGAACUAUGAGGUGAGCAGCGACGAGGAGGAUAUGCCCUUCAAGUGCUUCAUCUGCAGAGAAUCCUUUAAGAAUCCCAUCAUCACAAAGUGCAGGCACUACUUUUGUGAGACCUGCGCUCUUCAGCAUUACCGCAAGUCAAAGCGCUGCUACGUGUGCAACACUCAAACCAACGGUGUCUUCAACCCCGCUAAAGAGUUAAUGGCCAAGAUGGAGAAACAAAACGCGGCGACAGACCAACCACCUUCAGAUGAAGAAGAUUAGCAACAUCUCGAUCUUUUUAACCAUCCCCCUUUGUGUUUGUCCCUGUCAGUUUUGAAUAAAAUCACAUUUUUUUAA